CGAUUUCACUGUGACAUACAUACAUAUGUGCACUCAGAUUCUUUUACUGCCGCGGUUUUUUAGCAAGGAUGCUGGUAUUUCCUCAAAGAUGUCUGAAACUUCUAAAACUACAACUGAGAUAUGGCACUCCAAGUGGUGUACGUUACAUACAAAGUGCAACCAGUGACUGCCCUUCGGUGGAAGUAAAAUUUUCAAAUGGGCGUAACAUGACUAUAAGUUCCGGCAAAUUUGCGCGUUUCGCCAAUGGUACCGCUGUUUGUCAAAUGGGCGAUACUGCCGUUAUGGUAACUGCGGUAGCCAAACCAAAACAAGCGCCCGGUGCAAGUUUCAUGCCGCUCGUUGUGGAUUAUCGGUUGAAAAGUGCUGCAUCUGGACGCAUACCCAUGAAUUUUAUGCGUCGUGAAUUGGGUCCAUCCGAGAAAGAGAUACUCUCCGCACGUCUCAUAGAUCGCUCCUUGCGUCCACUUUUCCCUGCAGAUUUCCGUACUGAAACGCAACUUGUAUGCAAUAUGCUGUCAAUGGAUGCGAUAUAUUCACCUGAUGUCCUAGCCAUCAAUUCCGCUUCAGUUGCCUUAAGUCUCAGUGACAUACCUUGGAAUGGACCAAUCGGCGCAGUACGUGUGGGACUCUGUGAUGGUGAAGUUAUAAUCAAUCCCACAAGGCGUGAACUGCAAACAUCCCAACUGGAUUUGGUGGUGUCCGCAACGAAACAAAAUCUCGUCGUGAUGCUUGAAGGCAAAGGCAACAUUGUGUUAAUGCAAGAUUUGCUCAAAGCCAUAAAGCAAGGCACCAGAGAGGCGCAACUCAUCAUCAACGAUAUUGAACGUUUGCAGAAAGCAUAUGGUAGAAAAAAGCGUGCCGUUGAAGCAGCACCUGUAGUAGACAAUGAAAUAUCUGAGGCUGUGAAGAGCAUGAGUGAAAUGCGACUGCGUGAGAUCUUCCAGGACGCAACACACGACAAAAUAUCUCGUGAUAAUGCCGUGAAUGAAGUGCGCACAAACGUGAUAGACAAGGUGUGGUCCUCUUACCCAGACACCGAACCAGCACUAAUUGGCGAAGAAUUUAAUAAAGUCUGUAAAAGCAUUUUCCGAAAUCUGAUAUUUGAGGAGAACAAACGCUGCGAUGGACGCGACUACGAUAGUCUGAGAAAUAUUAGUUGCCAGGUGGAUCUUUACAAGCCGCUACAUGGUUCGGCACUGUUCCAACGUGGACAGACACAAGUUUUUUGCACUGUUGCCUUAGACUCGCACGAAAGCGCCAUGAAAUUAGAUGCUGCGGCAGCCUUGGACAGCGGCUUGAAGGCCAAAAACUUCAUGUUGCACUACGAGUUUCCGCCUUAUGCUACCGGUGAAGUUGGGCGCAUCGGUCCUAUCGGACGUCGUGAGCUCGGUCAUGGCUCACUGGCGGAGCGCGGACUUGUACCCACAUUGCCGCACGAUUAUCCAUUCACCGUACGUCUCACCUCUGAAGUGUUGGAGUCGAACGGCUCCAGUUCCAUGGCAUCGGUUUGCGGCGGUUCCAUGGCACUAAUGGACGCGGGCGUGCCGGUCACCGCACCAGCUGCCGGCGUUGCCAUUGGCUUGGUAACGAAAUACGAGAAUAACGACACUAAACACAUGUCGGAUUAUCGCAUUUUAACAGACAUUUUGGGCAUUGAAGACUACAUGGGCGACAUGGAUAUGAAGGUGGCGGGCACGCGCAAAGGCUUCACCGCUAUACAGGCGGAUUUGAAAAUACCCGGCAUACCGCUGAAAGUUGUAAUGGAGGCAUUACAAAAAGCGACUGACGCCAAAGGGCGUAUACUUGAUAUUAUGGGCGAAGUGAUAAGGGAGCAUCGCAAGUAUCCAAAGGAGUGUUGGCCUGUGACUGAACGCAUAACCAUCGAACCACACCAGCGCGGUCAACUGAUUGGACCCGGUGGCAUCAAUCUCAAACGCAUCUACCUCGAAACGGGCGCAACACUCACAGCAGAGGAUGAGACAAGCUACAGCAUUUUCGCGCCCUCACAAGCGGCCAUGGACGAGGCAAAGGAGCAUAUUGAUACGCUGCUGGUGAAGGAACUCAUACCGGAUUUGGAGUUCGGCGGCGUCUAUGCGGCGAAAAUCACAGAAAUACGCGACACUGGCGUCAUGGUGAUACUAUACCCCAGCAUGCCGCCAGCGCUACUGCACAACUCACAGCUGGACCAAAGAAAGAUUGCACAUCCCUCAGCCUUAGGUCUGAAAGUUGGCCAGGAAAUACAAGUGAAGUAUUUCGGACGCGAUCCCGUGUCCGGUUUCAUGCGUUUGUCCCGCAAGGUGCUGCAAGGCGCCGCCUCAAGCAUACCACGCAGUCACAAUAAGGCAACGGAGGAGACGUAGUGAACGGCGCCGAAUCAUUUUGUUUUGGUACUGUUCGCAGUUUAAUACUGCCACUUGAAGAAAACAAACAGCUUUUGUACAUAUAUUAAAAAAAAUGCAAGUUAUAAACUUUAUUACAAACACUGACCACACACACAUGUAUGAAUGUAUAUGACACAACUGAGCGGAUUAAAUGUACAACAUAAAUUAUUAGCAUAAAAUAGUUAAAUAAAAUAUAAAAUAGAUGGUAAGAUUGUAAAAAUACAUUGUUGGCAAAUUGACUAAACACA